AUGGUUUAUCGUAAUACUUAAGUAUAAGGUUUUCUGGGGGUCUUUAUCUUUAUCUUUUAAGACAAAUCUCGCCUCUACGAGACUUCAUAGAAGCGGCAUAUUCAGCAUGCUAUUCUAUUCCUUUUUCAAGUCCCUUGUUGGGAAAGAUGUGGUGGUAGAGUUAAAGAAUGACUUGAGUAUUUGUGGCACCUUACAUUCUGUGGACCAGUUUCUCAAUAUCAAGUUGACAGAUAUCAGCAUCACGGAUCCUGACAAGUACCCACACAUGUUGUCAGUGAAGACAUGCUUCAUUCGAGGAUCUGUUGUGCGAUAUGUUCAGCUGCCUGCGGACGAGUGUGACACACAGCUGCUGCAGGAUGCAGCGCGCAAAGAGGCAGCUCAGAACAAGCAGCGAUGAUACUCCGCUCACAGGACAGUGAGAAGCACUGUGGACUUCAGUGACAUUGAGAGAAUGUGGACGUGUGUGUUGGAGAGAUUGUGUUGACAUCAACGGAAGCAUGGAACUUGCAUCACCUAGCAGAUCAUUGUCAAUACUUUAUGGGUUUGUAUACGCUAUGUUCCUCACCUGGGAAUACAUUCUGCCAUUUUGUGGUAUAGUUUCUCAUUUUAAGCCAGGUUCAUUAUAGAAGGAACCAUCUGGUGCUCCUACCAGAAACAGCUAUUAUUGUGUUGUGUUGUGUUGUGCAGCAUGUGCCUUCAUCUACAUACUGCUUUAAUCCACCACGGGUAAGCUUCAUACAUGCUACCUACAUCCCAUGAAGAUGGGGUAAGGAUUUGCCUUCAGCAACUGAUGCUUGUCGUAAGGGACGACUAACGGGAUGGUUAAGCAUGUGACUAUUACUAUUACUCCACAUCUCUGCCCAGUGAGGCAGGUGAGGGAGGAACCCAGUGUAUACAAAUCUGUGAAGUACUGACGAUGCCAGCUGGGGACUGUUGUACAGAAGAUGGACUAUGUCUGGACUGGCGCCUUCUUUGAUGAAGGGGUUGUAACGUCGGUUUUAUGAAAUAUCACAUUCGGAUCGUACAAAUGUUGGAAGCUUUUUUCA